GAAGAACGCUAGGUUUUAGAGAGGACGAUACAAGGUUUGAGACGACAACUUGAAAGACCACAGUCUGAGGUUAGGAUGACGACGUCCUCAGACUUGGCAUCGUGUGCGUCAAUGAAGGUACUGAACCUGAAGCAGGAUCCCGGUUUGAAGGACGCCAUGGACGCCGAUGCUCUCUCACUCUCCAAGCUUCUUCAGACCUCCAUGUUGAGGAUGACCGGAGAGUUCCUGAACGAGGUGGCUGGCACUGUUGACUACUUGGCAUUUAGGCUCUCGCAGGAUUACAGGCAGUACGGUGUCUUGGCCAGCAGACUACAGGACGUGGACGUAUCUAAGCUUAACAACAACCAAAGGAUGGCCUUCUUCAUCAGUAUCCUUUUAUUGUUCUAUCUAUAUUUGGUAACCUGUCAUUUAUGCUAAACAUUGUGUCGUGAUCAAAGGCAUAAGUUGAUAUUAAAGUUGUGGUGUUAUGAAUGG